UAAAGUCGCCCACGAGCGGUCAGGAUAGGCUCCAGCAGCCCCAUGACCCCAAAAGGGACAAAACGGGUUUAGAACAUGAAUGAAUGACAGUAAAGUCGUUUCUAUUUCACAAAAAGUGGACUGUUUUCUUUGUAUUUAUAAUUUAUUUAAUUAUUAUGUCACAAAAGGAUUUUUAGUGCAUUUCAGGCUUUUUGUAAUCUAUGUGGAGUACUAUACCAUGGCGCCGCGUGUGUGGCAGCUUAUCUGUGCAGCUCUACCUUUUUGUGUUCCUUACUUUGAGUUUUUUAAUAUUUUCCUCCAACUUAUUUGUGUUUUUUGUAUUUUUCAACAACUAUUACAAAGUUCUGCGACAAAGGACAGGAACAUCAUUACUUUUGCUUUUUUAUUUUUUCUCAACUUUUUGAACCGGCCUCGGGGGAUCCGUUAGGAUGCAGCUCCAUUGUUUACACUCGAGAUCAGCUGUUAGCUCUUGGACGAGUUGAGAUUCUCCUCGCUGGAAAGCCAGAUGUUCCAGCUGAAAUACGGAGGAAACGACGAGGCUGCAGAGCUGGAGUUAAACGCCGGGAGAGAAGACGGAGCGGGUGUACCGUGAGAGCAGCCUGCUGUGUUUCACCGAGACGUGGCUCCACCAGGACAUGACAAACUCCGUGGUCUCAGUUACUGGAUUCACGCUGGUGCGGGCAGACCGGAGUGCGGCGCAGAGCGGAAAGAAGAAAGGCGGUGGUCUGGCGGUGUUCGUGAAUGACAGGUGGUGUAACCCGAACCACAUCACUGUGAAAGAACAGCACUGCAGCAAGGACAUUGAACUGGUGGCAGUCAGCGUUCGGCCGUACUACCUUCCACGGGAGUUCUCCCAUGUGCUGGUGGGGACUGUUUACGUCCCUCCGUCGGCUGACGCUGCUGUCGCUUGUGAGCGCGUGCACAGCACCGUGUCCCAGCUGCAGACACAACACCCGCAGGCCCUGAUCCUGAUUUCUGGGGGCUUUAACCAUGCAUGCACCCCCCUCUCCGCCACCCUGUCCAACUUCACCCAGUAUGUGAACUGUCAUACGAGGGACAGAAAAACUCUGGACCUUUUCUAUGCUAACAUCAAGAAUGCAUAUGCUUCUGCCCCCCUCCCCCCUUUAGGACGCUCUGAUCACAGCCUGGUCCAUCUGUCCUCUGCGUACACUCCAGUGGUGAAACAGCAGAAACCACAGAUUAAAACGGUGAAGAUCUGGACUGAGGAGGUAACAGAGCGACUAAGGGACUGUUUUAGCACCACAGACUGGGACGUUCUCUGCAGUCCACACGGGGGGGGGGCAUUGACAGUCUUACUGACUGCAUCACGGACUAUGUGAAUUUUUGUGUGGAAAACACAGUGCAAACAAAA